GUCUAGCAAAUCAAGUGGUGUAUCAAGUCAAAUAAUGUCUAAUGAGUUGUCGUUAGAUCCCUCAAAAUGGAUUGCUAUAAUUGAAAAUGCAAAGGUAAAAUGCUUGACUUCUGUAGUAUCUGCUAAGAACGUCAAGCAUAUACUUUCUACGGCAACCAUUCGCUCUCCUCAAAGAAAUCUAUUGACCGCCAUACAACCCUUUAUACAAGUAAUGCUUAACAGUGUUUCAGGAACGUCAAUACUCACUUCACUUAUUAAAUAUGGCACAAACAAAACAAUCGAUGCUGUUGCAAAAGAGGUUUCCGGUAAUUACAGCGAAUAUUUUAAAUUUAUGAAACCUAUUCAAUCUGACUUAUUAAUAUCUCUUGGCGAACUCUUAGAUGCACUUAUAUAUCGUGUAGACUGUAAGGGAGAACAUCGCAAUGCAAUACUGGAGAAUAUGAAAUCUUGUGAUUUAAAAAAUUUGUUCGGAUCAACAUUAACACUGGUAGCAGCUGGCCGUUUAUUUUCAAAUGAUCACGAGUUUUUAAACCUUAUUCAAGACAAUGAGAAAGUGAAGUCGGCCAUUUGUCAAUCAGCUAGAACAAAGGAAACAAAGCUAGCAGCGUUGCGUUGUUGCGAAUUAAUAAUAGGUGAGGAUAGCAGCAGAGUAAAUCAGAAAGGCACUUCAAUGAUUGGGUUAUUAUUCCUUUUCAGUGUUUUUAAGAAAUCUCUAGACAAUUAUGCUACAAGACCGUAUGUAGAGUUCAUUGAACUUUUAACUCGGCAUUCUCCACCGCACAUUGUUUCUGAAAUAUGCGAACUCCUACAACAAUGGCCAGAUAUCUUUGAGCUUUCAAAGAAGGAUUCAUACAGUGAAGUUAUUUCUAAUAUUUUAGAACGCGGAUCUAAUGAGGAAUCGUGUAUUACUUUUCUUGGAGUAAUUUUUAAGAGUAUUGAUGACAUUGAUAAUCGUUUAAACUCUACCAAAACAGUUAAUUGGAGACUUCUGGCUGCUAUCGAAAGGCUUCCCUCUGCAGUCAGCUUUCUCGAAAAGAAAAUCAGUAUUCCAAUCCGCCCGAGGCUUCGUGCAGCGAAAGUACGCUAUGAAUCCGCUACUAUUCCAAAAGCUGAAGCAACUCGAAAAAAUAUAUUAGAAAAGUUUAGACAAUUACGAAGCAAAGAUAUAGUGAAGCGAGCACGAGAAGAAAAAAAAUUUUAAAUAUAUAUUAAAAUGUGCAGUAAUUCUAAGUAUGGUGCACAGAGUAAAAAUUGGAUACGGUUAAUAGUUAUAGCAUUCAGCUUACAACUU